GACUCCAGCUGUCGGUUUUUAUCCCACUCACUCUCUCAGGGCCGAAGAAGCAGGAGGAGGAAGAGAGGACGACCAGGGCCACUCCAACCAGCCGCAGAGAAAGUAGCCACUCACACACUUGCACUCUCUCUCUCUCUCUCUCUCACACACACAUACACACACACACUCUGCGACGCACAUAGGCAGACCCACUCAGAGGGCCGACCUGCCGCACCACCGGAAGAGAGCAGAGAGAGAGAAGUCUGUGAAGAGUAGGACAGACAGCCGGGAAAAAAAGAGAUCGCAGAGGAGCUGAGGAGUGCUGGCCUAUUCCGUUGUGCUGCUGCUGUGAGGGUGAACGGUUCCCCUUGUUCACACCGAAGGCUCCUGCUCCUUGUUCUGUGCCUGUGUUUGCGUGUGUUUGUGUGUGUGUGUGUGUGUGUGAGAUAGUGUUUGUCUCCCCGUUUGCCCUCCUGCUUGUUCGCCGUCGAGUCCGACAGCUCUGCCAGUGUGUGAGCAUGGCGUCGCCCGCCUGCGUGUCCCUGCUGUGUGUGUGUGCGUGUGUGUCUCUUCUUGUCCCCAGCGCGAUUUCACAGCCACCCUCAGAAAGUGACACCUACACGGAAUGCACAGAUGGCUACCAGUGGGACCCGCGGACACAACACUGCAAAGACAUCAAUGAGUGUGAGAGCAUCCCUGACGCCUGUAAAGGAGAGAUGAAGUGCUUUAACCAUUACGGGGGCUACCUGUGCCUGCCCCGCUCUGCCUCCGUCAUCCCUGCGCCGGACCCUCCUGCCCCGAGCCUCCCUGGGCCGGCCAACCCUGAGCCCUUCAACCAGUGCCCCAUGGGGUACGAGCCGCAGGGAGACAGCUGCGUAGACAUAGAUGAGUGUGCGAGGGACGAAGACGACUGCCAGCCCAGUCAGGAGUGCAUCAACACACAGGGCAGCUUCAACUGCCAGUGCCCAGAUGGGUACCGCAAAGUGGGCACGGAGUGCAUCGAUAUUGAUGAGUGUCGGUACCGGUACUGUCAGCACCGCUGUGUCAACGUCCCCGGCUCCUUCUCGUGCCAGUGUGAGCCGGGCUUCCAGCUGGCUGGCAACAACCGCUCCUGCAUCGAUGUGGAUGAGUGUGGCAUGGGCGCCCCCUGUCAGCACCGCUGCUAUAACACAUACGGGACCUUCCUCUGCCGCUGUGACCAGGGCUAUGAGCUGGCAGGAGACGGCUACGCCUGCAACGACAUUGAUGAAUGCAGCUACUCCAGUUUUCUGUGUCAGUACCAGUGUGUGAAUGAGCCAGGGAAGUUCUCCUGUGUUUGUCCAGAAGGCUAUCAGCUCCUGGGCACACGGCUCUGCCAAGAUGUGAAUGAGUGUGAAACGGGUGCACACCAGUGCACAGACGGGCAGAACUGCAUCAACAUUCAUGGAGGUUACAAGUGUGUCGAAACCAACCCCUGCAUUGAACCCUAUGUGCAGGUGUCAGACAACCGCUGCAUGUGUCCGGUAACUAAGCCGGCCUGCCGGGAGCUGCCCUACUUCAUCGUGCACCGCUACAUGAGCAUCACGUCCGAGCGCUCCGUCCCCUCCGACAUCUUCCAGAUCCACGCCACCAGCGUCUACCCCGGAGCCAACAACUCCUUCCGCAUCCGCUCCGGUGAUGAGAACGGAGACUUCUACAUCCGACAAAUCAAUAACAUCAGCGCCAUGCUGGUGCUGGCCCGAGCCGUGACUGGACCCAAGGAGUACGUGCUGGACCUGGAGAUGGUGUCAGUGAACCACGUCAUGAGCUACCAGAGCAGCUCUGCCCUCCGCCUGUCCAUCUAUGUGGGACCACAUGCUUUCUAAGUACACAGACAGAGAGAGAGAUACAGAGGGGGAGAGAGAAAGGAGAGAGAGAGAUAGAAUGAGAGAGAGAGAGAGGACAUAAGCACAAGAGAAAGAGAAAGGUGGAGGAGGAGGAAGGCAAGCUAAACUCGUUUACAUAUUUGUAGAAUCCUUUGCAGCUCUUCCUCUCACUUGACAUGGCCAAAAAGUCCCAUAUUAGCAAAAACGGUGGCGAACAAUCCAUUAUUCCAACUGCACCAUCAUCAAGCAGUGUUUUUGUGAAAUGGUAACACUGCUAAACACCUCCUCGGGUCCAUUGUGCCAGGUGAGGUUAGCUGAGGCCAAUGUGACCAACUGCACUAUGAUAACUGCUGUAUGAUGCUGUUUUAACCUGAACUCCAUCUGUCCCCUCUACCACCUACAAAGUGCCUUCAAAGAGCAGGUGGGCAAGUGUACGUUGUUUGGUGCCAGCGAUUCUACAACCUGCCCUUUUGUCUUCUUUUCAUUUUUAGAUUGUUUAUUGUUAUUUCUUUAUUUGACGGCUACAAAAACAUAUGGACGUACAGUUCUGUGCAAACGUUUUAGGCACCAUAGUUGUUUCACAAAACAUUUCUUUGUCUUUGACACUUGUAUGUUAUCUUUAUUAGCAUUAAUGUUUCAAUUGGAAAUAUCAUAUUUUAAAGUUUUCCAGGGAAACAUGUAUGUGUUGUUACAAAAUGUACAAACCACAUUGCAGUUUGAAAACCUAAGGGUCUUCAGCUCAGAAUACAGUGUGAACUGGGAUUACGUGAUGAUACAGAACACAUAAGAACACAUAAGACAGUCUAAAUCCACCAAAGAACUGUGAAGUUCUCAGAGAAGUACCUUAAAAGUAUCUGAAGAACUGUACCUAUUGGUGAAUUGAUGCUGUUUUGAAGACAAAGGCAGGUUGCACCAAACAAUGAUUCUUUUGUUUACUUUGUAUGACUUUAUAUGUAAAGUGAAAACUAUUCAUCUCAUUAUUUUGAAAACAUCCUCACAUUUUUUUCACAAAUGCCUAAAACUUUUGCAUGGUACUGUAGAAAGACAAUGUCAACUCUGAAUCAAAACUCCAAAGCCUGGCUCACAAUAUUUAUGACUAUUUGACCUGAGUUAGUAUUUGUUGCUAUUUUGAAGCAUUUCAAUUCAGUGCUAGCAGGGAAAUGCAAUUAAGCAGCCAGUCAAGGAAAAUGCUAAAUAUUUUAAUUUUGUAGAGAAAUUUCUGGAUUUGCAAGCAACAUGCUGUACUAGGGAUGCUCUAUAGGCUCCUCUCAGUGACAAACUUCACCUACUCAUUCAUAAAUCAAAACGUGAGGUACUUAGCCCGGGCGUCAUAAAGAAGCCUGGCCAUUUAAAGUUAUGCCAUCACUUCAGUGGACAUCAAUGUGUGUUAUUAGGGUGAGGCCUCGUUUUUGUACGUUACUUAUUAUUUCAGACACUGCCAUUAUCUCAGUAACCACUCAGACACACGUCACAAAUCAUUCACACAUUCCCUGUUUACCACAACAGAAUUCAUCACUACAACAUAUGUUACCUUUUUUUUAAGAAAAGUGUUUUUUUAAAUUACAUUUUGUACUUGUGUGUGCUGAAAAUAAAAAUACAAAAUAUAAAGAAA